AUGGCCGUCGCAUCUAUACAAGACCGCACGGCCGAAUUCCGGUCUGUGCUUACCCAAGUACAAAAACGACAGGCUUCAUCCAAAGUCGGCGCGCAGAGGAGGUCGCUCUUAACCGAUUCGCAAAAAGCUGCUGCCAAUGGCGACGCGCAACCGCAUAGGAGGUCAGAAUUCGCUAGGCGCGCCGCCGAGAUAGGGCGCGGGAUCGCCGCUACAAUGGGCAAAUUAGAGAAGCUGGCGCAGUUGGCGAAGCGCAAAACGUUAUUCGAUGACCGGCCCGUCGAGAUCAACGAACUCACCUUUAUAAUAAAACAGGACCUGUCUUCCCUAAAUCAGCAGAUCAGCGGAUUACAAGCACUGACGCGGCAACAACAUCCCAAGGCGGAUCAAGUCGGCGAGCACAAUAAGAAUAUCGUGUUAAUGCUACAAGGCAAACUGAGCGAUGUUGGGGCCAAUUUCAAGGACGUACUCGAGGUGCGCACCAAGAAUAUCCAGGCGUCGCGGUCGCGCACCGAGAACUUCAUAUCCUCCGUAUCGCAACAUGUCCAGCCACCAUCUAUUCAACAAUCUGCAAGCCCCUUGUACGGAACACCGAACCGGGGUACACCAUCGCCCGGCGCGGACCUCUUAACGCUUAACCCCCCGGCAGCGAUAGGCGACCAACAGUUGCUCAUGAUGGAAGAGGCAGCGCCGCAAAACUCGUACAUCCAGCAGCGAGGCGAAGCCAUCGAGGCUAUCGAGAAGACCAUCAGCGAGCUAGGGUCGAUCUUUGGGCAAUUGGCGCAGAUGGUCUCGGAGCAAAGCGAGAUGAUCCAGCGUAUUGACGCCAACACCGAAGACGUCGUCGACAACGUUCAAGGCGCCCAGCGCGAAUUGCUCAAGUACUGGUCGCGCGUAUCCAGCAAUCGGUGGUUGAUCGCUAAGAUGUUUGGCGUGUUGAUGAUAUUUUUCCUGUGA